UAAGGUAAGACAUUUGAACACAGAAGCAUGAAGCCCGGGCCAAUAACAAGGUAAGACUGUUGACAAAAAGAGCCAUGCCAUUGCUGUCAAUUCAAUUUUCUCUCAUUGAGAUGCCUAAUUCUUCCAGGAUUAAUGGUACUGAGAGUUGACAAUAUGGGGAAUACAAGAAAGACUCGACAACCCUCACUACUCGCUGCCAAAUCCACCUUCCCAUAUUAAUUUACUUCACAAGCAAUGCUUGGAAAACAAUAAACAAAUCCCACCACCAUACCUUGUUGUACGGUCUUGAGAUCCAACACUGUUUGACGUUCAAGAUUCAACAAUCACACACACUGAGACUAUCUUCUUCGCAUCUGGUUUUUCUCCAGCGAUCUCAAUUUGUUCAACAAUGUCAUCAUCAGCACAACUAUCCAAGACGCACUCAGAAGUAAGCAGCCUAACCCCAUCAUCCCCAACCAGGUCUCCUUCUUCUCGCCGCCCUGUUUACUAUGUCCAGAGCCCAUCCAGAGACUCUCACGAUGGUGAAAAGACCACUAACUCCUUCCACUCCACGCCGGUCAUUAGUCCAAUGGGGUCUCCUCCGCACUCUCACUCCAAUUCCUCAUUGGGCCCUCACUCUCGCGAGUCUUCCUCCACCAGAUUCUCUGGCUCUCUCAAACCCACCCGCAAGAACAGUCGGUCUGACCUAAAAGGACAAACCAAAGGAUGGAAUAAAGGGUUCGAUUCGAUUGAAGAAGAGGGCCUUCUUGAUGGAGAUAUUGCUUCAAAUGGCCUCUCCCGUCGCUGCUAUUAUUUUCUUGCUUUUGUUGUGGGAUUCUUUGUUCUCUUCUCUAUGUUUUCACUGAUUCUUUGGGGUGCCAGUCGCCCUCAAAAACCCAAAAUCACAAUGAAGAGCAUCGUCUUCGAUCAAUUCGUGAUUCAAGCGGGUGCGGAUGCCUCCGGAGUAGCCACCGACAUGGUUUCCAUGAAUUGCACAGUCAAGCUCACAUUUCGCAACACUGCAACAUUUUUUGGAGUCCAUGUGACGCAAACACCUCUGGAUCUGUCAUUCUCUCAACUUACUUUGGGCACUGGAACCAUUAGGAAGUUUUAUCAAUCGAGAAAGAGCCAGAGAUCGAUUACUGUGACUGUGCAGGGAAGUGGGGUUCCACUGUACGGCGGAGGUGCUAUUUUGAGCAGCUUGAAUGGGGUUCCGGUUCAGCCGGUGCCGUUGACCCUGAAUUUCAUGGUUCGGUCAAGGGCUUAUGUUUUGGGUAAAUUGGUUAAGCCCAAGUUCUAUAAGAGGGUCCAAUGCUCGGUGUUUAUGGAUCCUAAAAAGAUGAAUGUGGCUCUGUCCCUCAAGAAUAAUUGCACUUAUGUGUAACUAUUUUGAUUUUUGAGGAAAUAAGUACUUAUAUUGUUGGCUUAGAAAAUAAAAUAAUAAUCUUCUUGAAUUAAGAAAA